UGGACAAAGCAGCAUACGAUUAACUAAUCAGCGAGCACAUACAGUGUAAAACUGUCUCUUCAUGUAAACUGGAUCAGACAGCUUGGAUUGGAGAUUAAGGAAGGUGAAGACAACAAAUCAAGACACAAGAAACAUGAAGACUGUGGUCUUUCUCUGUUUUUGGCUCUUAUAUGUUAGGUACGCUCUCUGUAAAAGUCCUAGUAGCAGUUCAAAAAUGAAAUCUCCGAUGAAUGUUUAUGAGUUUCUCUGGGACAACAAUACAGACAUCGCCAAUGAGACGAUCCAUGUGGACUUCCUGAUACAAAUGCAGAGCGGCAGCCUGCAGGCGGAGCGUUAUGUCAACUUCACCAUACAAGAUAUUCACUAUGUACUGAACGUGACUGAUAUGCUGAGCAAUAUGAGUGCAAAAGUAAAUCAGCCCAGUGACCUAAAGAUCUUCUUUAAAGGCAUACACUCAAGUUACACAUUUUUUGCCGAUUUGAUGCUCCAACAAUAUUGUUUCAAGGGUGCACCUCCAAUUCAGCAAACUCCAGCUAUGAGGAAGUACCUUUCAUUCUACAGAAACCUGAUGGACAGUGAAGAGCCAAUAUACUUUGCUGUGGGUCUUCUGCCCUGCUACAGACUCUGGGUUUGGCUGGCAGAUCAUCUCAACACUCCUCCAACCAAUGCCUACUACACUUGGAAGGUGGAGAACAUGGGCGAGCAUCCUGAGAAAUACUUCAGAGCUCUGCUGAAUAAGUAUCUUGACACACCUGAGAAAGUGGCGAAGGCUAAUGGCAUAUUCCGUGCACAGAUGCAGAACGAGCAUGAUUUCUUCCUCUCGUCUUGAGAGAGAAGUGUUGCAAAUAGCCUGUUGUCUGAGCAACUUAAAAUUCUAAAUUAUUUGAAGUAUUUUUUAAAAUAUUUGGUUACAUAUUUUAAGAUUAAUAUGCAAUAAAAAUAUUUAAUCACUUAAAAUAAUUUAACAUUUUAUCAUAGUAUAAUAAUCAUGAUCAACUGUAUAUCCACAGUCUAUAUAAACAGAAAUUGUAGAAAGUUUUAGUCUACUGUAUUUGAAUAUUCAGUGUCUGUACCC